AUGAUAGCAUUCGCAGAUGAUCUGCUUAUAUCCCUGGAGAAUGAAAAUUCGUAUGGUUUAAUGGAUAAAGGGAAGAAUAGGAUCAAGAAAGUAUAUAGAUGGAUGGGAAUAAAUGGACAAGAGAUUGCAAGACAGAAGACUGAGGCGAUCGUAUUGAAAGGGAGCAGAUACAAAAGAGAACGUGUGAGAUUUGAGAUCAGUGACACAGUAAUAGUACCAGUCAGAUGCAUGAAGAAUUUAGAAUGUCGAGUUAUCAAGAAGAAGAUAUCUCCAUUAAUUAAAGUUAAAGUCCCUUCAACUUCCAAACAAGCGUCCAUAAAAAGCUUUACGAUGACAAAAAAGUUACAAACCAAAACCGACACGGCUUUGGCUUUUUUCGUAGGUACAGAAAUGAUGCCUUAUAAUAUAGUAGAAAAAGACGGUUUGAAAAAAUUUGUACAAGUUUUAAAUGGAAGCUAUAAAUUACCCAGCGGAAACACAUUGUCACAAAAGUUAAUUCCUAAUUUGUAUAAUGAAACGCGCCGAGUUAUUGAAGCCAUUUUAAAACAAGCCAAAUUUAUAUCUUGUACCACCGAUUGCUGGACUUCCAUUCCAUUAUAUCGCCCUUACAUGCCAUUUUGUAGACGAAAUUAUCAGUUACUAAGCGUUUGUUUAGGCUGUUAUGAAAUGGAUGAUAAUCAUACUGCUGAAAACUUAUGUAAUAAUAUAAAUCUUAUUUUAAACGAGUGGAGUAUUGAAGAAAAAGCAAAUACAUCGUUUACCACAGAUUACAGAAGUAAUGUAUUAAAAGCUAUGGGAUAUGGGGAUAUGGGAAUAGCCCAUAUAUGUUGUUUUGGACAUGCAAUUAAUAUUGCAGUUAAUAAAGGUUUUGAAAAUGCAAAAGUAAGCGAAACUAUAGGUAAAAUUAAAAAAAUUCAGAUUAUUUUCGCACAUAGUUGGAAAGCUGUUAGAGAUUUAAAAAUAAUUCAGAAAAAAUACAACACUAAGGAAAUUCCUUCUUUUUCUAAAACGCGAUGGUGGUCUCUUUUAAAUUUAAUCAAGAUAAUUGUUCAAGAAGAAGUAAAUCUCUUAAAUUUUUUACAAACCUAUAAUAAUGGACAUUACAAAAAGCUGAUACUAAACGCUGACGAUUUGAAACUCCUGAAUGUUAUCCUGGAAUUACUAACUCCAAUUCAAAACAUUUCAGAAACUCUGUCUGGAGAAAAUUAUGUAACGGGAUCUACCAUUCUACCUAUUUCUUUGGAAUUAGGUAAAACAUUGGUAGAUGAAACUGAAAUUGAUGAAGACAUUGUAGAACUAAAAAGGGAACACACUUAA